UAUGUUUUUUUUUUAAACUGCAAAUUGCAAUGAAUUUUUAAUCGAUACAUAUGAAGUUAUUAUGACUUAAAUAAAUUAAGUGCACAUGCGCACGUUUAAUCAAAUAAUUCGUAGUUCUUUAGUACAUAAAAGAUUGAAAAGUACUGCUGUUACAUCCAAAAUGCACGUAUUCACUCAGAAGAGAAAUCCGAUUACGGGUAGUACAGAAUGGGACGUUCAGCACGAAGAUUACGACUAUCAUCAGGAAAUAGCUCGGUCUGCCUUUGCAGAUAUGUUGCACGAUACAGAGCGGAAUAAAAAGUACCAAAGGGCUCUACAACUGGCUAUAGAAAAGAUGCAUGACGCUGGAAAGAAGGCUAAUGUUUUGGAUAUAGGAACUGGCACUGGUUUACUAUCAAUUAUGGCAGCAAGAUGCGGCGCAGAUACCAUCACAGCCUGUGAAGCUUUUAAACCUAUGGCAGAAUGCUGUUUGAAGAUCCUCAAGAUGAAUGGUGUUGCAGAUAAAAUCACUGUCAUACCAAAAAGGUCUACCGAUUUGACAGUAGGAGAGGGUGGGGAUAUGAAUGAGAAGGCUAAUAUAUUAGUGACUGAAGUGUUUGACACUGAAUUGAUUGGUGAAGGGGCUCUAUCUACAUUUUACCACGCUCACCAGUACCUUUUGGAAGAGGACUGCAUUGUGGUCCCAGACUCUGCUGUGAUAUACGCACAAGUGGUUGAGUGUCCCACACUGCAGAAGUGGAACAAACUCAACGAUCUUGCUGAUGAAGACUUGGAAGUUAUUCUGAGAACUCCCCAAAAGAUCAAGGAUUGCGCUGGAUCGGCCGCAGUACACGACCUCCAGCUAUCGCAGCUACCCCGCAUUGCUUUCAAGGAACUCUCGGACCAGAUACCAGUGUUCUAUUACGAUUGGUCCGGCCGCUCGCCUGUGGACAGGCGGAGAACUGUCAAACAGCAGUUCACAGUGUCAAAUACAGGCCGUGCGCAGAUUGUGUUCAUGUGGUGGGAGCUGAAUAUGGAUAUGGAAGGUAAGAUAUGCCUAAGUUGCGCCCCCUGGUGGACACAUCCCGAUGCUGACUUAUCAUCAGAUAGACCCCAAGACAAGAUUCCCUGGCGAGAUCAUUGGAUGCAAGGCGUCUACUACCUUCCACAAGAGAUGACAGUACAAAAAGAUUCCGAAGUCUCAUUAGUGUCCUGUCAAGAUGAAUAUUCUCUAUGGUUCUAUUUAGAAGACGAGAAAACAAAGUAUAGACAUUACAGCAGACCCAUUUGUGAGUGUGGUGUACACAUGGCCAUAUCAAGGACCCAUGUAUCGUACUUAAACGAUGGAAAAAGGAGUAAAAGAUUCCUUGCACAGAUAAAAGAAGAUCUGGUUAAAGAUGCGACAGUUUUAGAUUUCAACGGCAGUAGUUUCCUCGGAAUGGCAGCUGCGAAAAUGGGAGCUAAAACAGUUUAUAUACUCGAAAAUAUGAAACUAAAUAUCAACAUUUUGAAUGAUUACAUCAAAGAGAAUGCUUUGGAAAACGUGAUUGUAUUAUCAGAGUUGACAGAUGAAGUUCUGGAAAAAGUGACGAAUGUUGUAUGCGAUCCUAACUUCAGUAGUGCGAUAUUGCCUUGGGAGAAUUUGAAAGUCGCGUAUUUGUUACACAAAUAUAAGAGUAAAUUAAAGGAUUCAGUGACAAUUGUACCGGAAAGUUGCGAGUUCUGGGCUAUGCCUGUCGAAUUUAAGGAUCUACACAAAAUAAGGAUACCUUUGGGGACUUGUGAAGGCAUUGAUAUGACUAUGUUUGACAGCCUAGUUGAGAGUUCUCGAUUGAUAAGCGACGCAGAAAUAGAAGCGCAGCCUUUAUGGGAGUACCCGUGCAAGUGUCGCGGCGAACCUAGGAAACUGGUAGAAUUACAAAUGAAAGACUUGAAAGUUACAUACGCUAGCGAUGGCGUCCAUCCGAUAGUUGAUUCGGAAUCACAGGCUUCCAACCCAGUAAACGGAUUCGUUAUAUGGGCCGUUUGGAUGGUGGGCGGUAAAUCAAUCAGUGCUGGACCAGUGGAAUGGCCCAACGUUGGAGAAAGAGUUUCUUGGGACAUGCACACGAGGCAGGCAGUUAAAAUACUUAAAAAAACCAAAAUCGUCAGUAAUUCCGACAAAUGGAACUAUCAAGUGGCUUGCGAUUUAGAAAAUGGUCACUUUAGCCUAAACAUAGAUUGGGCUAGCGAAGAAUCAUAAAUGUAUGCAAUAUUCUUACGAGAAUAAGCCACAUAUUGAAAUAUAUUU